ACUAGCUACAAAAUCUGCUUAAUAUGAUAGUUAAAUUAUUAAAAAGACUUAUAUUAAUAUUAAUGAUACUUCAAAAGACAUUUAGUCUUCAAGAGUGUGUAAAUAAUACUAAAAAUUUAAGAUUAAAAAGAGAUAAUACUGAAGGAAAAAGAUAUCUUGUAUUUCCACAAGGAAGCAAUGUCCAGUUAAUUUAUUGUAUGACAAUUGGUACAUAUGCAAAGCCACAAGGUGUUUUUACAAUGGGAAUUACUGCUGGUCUUGCUUGGGAAUUACCUCAUCAUAAAACUGUACCAUAUAGAAAACCAGCUGAAGUUUAUCAUCGUAGAAGUAGACGAGAGCUUUAUAAAAAAAUUGAGUUAAUGUUUAACACACGAGGAAAAGAUGGAAAAGCUUGUGUACUUAAAGCUUUAUGUCAAGCAGGAAAACGUAAGAGUUCUGAAGUUGGUAAUGCAAUUUUUAUGAAAGAGAUACUUCAUUCGUUGUUCACACUACCAAAUGGCUCUUAUCACAUUGAUCCAAAAACAGAAUAUGAAUAUGCUCAUGAAUCAACUGAAGAUUGUCUACAAAUAACUGUUUGUUAA